UUAGUUACGUAACAGCAGAUUUUGGUUGUAGUAGUUAUGUAACUUUCACAUUUACUCUCUUCAUAUUUAAAUGCCUCUUUCGCUGCAUUCAUCGUCCCUUUAAGUUAGCCUUCAGGCACUUAAAUCGCACAGACACAGCUAGGCUUUGCGGUCUCAGUAGCGAUUGCGGUUUGCAUUUUGUGCUCUCCGCAGGCCAGUCUCCCUUCACUACUUCUCUUUGAUAAAUUCCAUUACAUCUACGUAGAAAGCCGCAUUGGUUCUCAGUGUCUCAUGGAUCCCAUUACACCUUGCACUUGAAAAGGAACAAAACAAAUUCAAGAAAUAAGGAAGAAGAGCAGAAGUUGUGUCAUGCUGUUUUGGCUGCUAAUCAUUUCAUGUGUAUGGGUGCGAGCAAGUUGGUGCCUUCACCCUUCAGGAGUUGAAAAAAAACCAAAAUCUUCUACAACUUCAACUGGUGAUCUUGGAAUUGGGCUUGAACAGCUUCAUCUAAUGUCAAAAGUUAAGAACAUUGCUUCUCUGCAGCUAUAUGGAGAGGAGCAAGCGAGUGUAAUUUCAAGCAAACAACUUCACCAUAGAACGCAGUUCAUCACAAUGCCAGUACGAAUAAGAAGUCAGAUCAGAAGAUUAUGUCCUUUUCGGGUCUCAGCUCUGUCUCUUCUUCCAUAAGAAGAUCAAAGAAAACGACGGCCAUUGCACAAGUCGUUUAUCUCUAUAGUUUGGACUUGACAUAGAGCUUCAGAGAAAGGGAAUAGAAUUUUCAUAAAUCAUUAUUGUUUUUUUUUAUGUUGCAUUAGCUCUCAGUUAGGUCAAUUUCUCAAAUGAAAAAUAAGUUUUUGAAAUUAAGAUACAUAUAAAUGUACGUUUUAAACUUUGUCAAAAUAUCAUAACAAAUACAUUUCUCUU